UUCAAGCAGCUGACGGACCUGGUGAUAGUGCCGGGCCAUGGCGUGUACCAGGGCAACGGCACGCCGCUGGACGAGUCGAACUGGUUUUUGCAGCCGGAGCAGGUGGGCUCGGUGGGGGCGUUCAUGGCGCACAUUGGCAAGGCGGUGGAGAUUGUGAAGGAGCACGACACGGCGUUGCUGCUGUUUAGCGGGGGAGCGACGCGCGCGGGCGCAGGCGCGCAGAGCGAGGCACAGGGGUACUGGGCGGCGGCCGACCGCAUGGGCUGGCUGACGGGCAGCGUGUACAGACGGGUGAUGACCGAGCAGUAUGCCAGGGAUUCGUACGAGAACGUGCUGUUUUCGGUGGCGCGGUUCCGCGAAAUCACUGGACGGUAUCCGGACCGGAUCACUGUGGUCGGGUUUGACUUCAAGCGCGAGCGGUUCAUUGAAUUGCAUCGGAGGGCGCUCAACUACCCCAAGAUCAGGUUCAACUACAUCGGCAUUAACCCACCCGGCAGCGUCGAGAGCAUGGCCAAGGGCGAGCGGGCGAAUGCGUAUGAGCUGUUCAGCAAGGACCUGUACGGGUGCGGCGGGCGGCUGAGGGAGAAGCGCGAGGGGCGGAACCCGUUCCACAUGAGCCACGGGUACCGGGGAUCGUGUCCCGAGAUUGCAGAGUUCUUUGACUACUGCCCAAAGAACCCGGUGCAGGUGUACGAGGGCGCGCUGCCCUGG